AUGGAAAAUUUAACCGAAGCGAAUUGGACCAAUGUUUCCCAUCCGGACGGCUGGAGCUACCAAGCCGGUGUUCGCAUCUCCCUGGGCGUCAUCCAGUUCAUCCUCAACCUCACCAUGCUCAUCCCCAUCCUCAUCCUCCGCGACCUGCGCAACGCCUUCACGGUGUACGUCGCCGCGCUCUUCACCGCCAACCUGGUAUACGUCAGCACCGAGUACCCCAUCGACGUGCUCCGCAUCGUCUACUCGGAGCAAUCCUUCUCCUCCUCCGUCUGCACGUUCUACCUGUACCUCGUGUAUGUCUUCGCGGUGGUCCGUCUGCACAUGCACGUCCUUAUCACCAUCAACCGCAUCUGGGCCAUCCAGUUCCCCGUCCACUACCGCAACGUCCACAACGAGCGGGUCGCUGUUCUAGUUUGCCUGGGAACGGUUUUAUAUAUUCACAUUCUGAUUCUCCCGUUGAUCAUCAUCGAUCUGCUGUAUUAUCGAUUGCCGGAGCAGGUGUACGGGUGCGGGUUGGCCUCGGACCAGCUGCCGCUCUUCGAGUACGAGCUGAUUGUGGAGGUGCUGGCGGAUGACCUCUUGAUUGUCGUCAUCAUCGUGGCGUACCCGUUUCUGUAUUACAAACGUUGGAAAGCUAUUAAGAAUCGGGAGAAUACACCGGAGGGACAAGCCGCGUCGCAUCCGUUUUUAUUGUUGACCUUGUUGACGUUGGGGAUCGUCGUGGCGUCCGCCCCGGCCAGUGUGUAUUCGACCCUGAUGUACCUGGUCCAGCCGGAGGAUUACCAUAAGUAUACGGGGUUUGAGCGCGCCGCGCAGAUUAUGGCGUCACUGCUGCCGGUGAUCGAUCCCAUCGUAUUCGGACUGAGUUUGAGGAAUGUACGGGAAUUCUUCCAAAAGGGGCUGGAAAAGAUCAACUUGAACAGAGUUAGGCGUUCGGCAGUAUUUAUGAAAGGUCCUAACAGCCGUGUUAAUUCUGUCACACCAAUUGGUGCGGUGGUUUAG